CGGCCCAGAGGUGAAGCCAUGCAGGAAGACCUCAGAUUUGCUUCAUCAGGAGAUGAUAUUAAAAUAUGGGAUGCUUCAUCUUUGACAUUGCUGGAUAAAUUCAAUCCCCACAUAUCACCCCGUGGAAUUAGCUCACUGUGCUGGAGCAGCAAUAAUAACUUUCUUGUGACAGCAUCUUCCAGUGGUGACAAAAUAGUGGUUUCAAAUUGCAAGUGUAAACCUGUCCCUUUUUUAGAGCUUGGUGAAGGGCAAAAGCAGACAUGUGUCAGUUUGAAUUCUACUUCUAUGUAUUUGGUAAGCGGAGGCCUAAAUAACACAGUUAAUAUUUGGGACUUAAAGUCAAAACGAGUUCAUCGAUCACUUAAGGACCAUAAAGAUGAAGUAACAUGUGUAACAUAUAAUUGGAAUGAUAGCUACAUUGCUUCUGGAUCUCUCAGUGGUGAAAUUAUUUUGCACAGUAUAAUCACGAAUUUAUCUACUACUCCUUUUGGCCAUGGUAGUAAUGAGUCUGUUCGGCACUUAAAGUACUCCACAUUUAAGAAGUCACUCUUGGGCAGCGUUUCUGAUAAUGGAAUAGUAACUCUCUGGGACACAAAUAGUCAGAGUCCCUACCAUAAUUUUGAUACUGCACAUAAAGCUCCAGCAUCAGGCAUCUGUUUCUCUCCUGUCAAUGAGUUGCUGUUUGUAACUAUUGGCUUGGAUAAAAGGAUCAUUCUCUAUGAUACUUCAAGUAAGAAACUAGUGAAAACACUGGUGGCUGACUCUCCGCUGACAGCGGUAGCCUUCAUGCCAGAUGGAGCUACAUUGGCUAUUGGAUCUUCCCGGGGGAAGAUAUAUCAGUAUGAUUUAAGAAUAUUGAAAUCACCAGUCAAAACCAUCAGUGCUCACAAGACAUCUGUGCAGUGUAUAGCAUUUCAGUACUCUACUGCUCUCUCUAAGUCAAGUUUAAGUAAAGGUGGUACAAAUAAAGCCACAGCUGUGAGCAAACAAACUUCUAAUGUCUGUGGUGGACUUCAGAAUUCUGGAAUCAGCAAAGACACAGCCCUCCCUUCUGUUGCCACAGUUCUACCUCAGUCCAUGACAACAGUUGUGGGGAAGGGAGUGGUUGCUGUUCAAGACAAAGCAGGGUUGCCUCAAAGCUUAAAUACAGAUAUUUUGUCGAAGGAAAUAGACACUGGAAAAAAUCAGAAUUUCUCCAGCUUUGAUGAUACUAAAAACAGUAGUUUAGGUGACAUGUUUUCACCUAUCAGAGAUGAUGCAGUAGUUAAUAAGGGAACUGAUGAGUCCAUUGGCAAAGGAGAUGCUCUUGAUUUUCUGCCACAGUUAAACUCAGUGUUUCCUCCGAGAAAAGGUCCAGUAGCUUCAAGCACAUCAGUAUUGCAUUCUAGUCCUCUUAACAUCUUUAUGGGAUCUCCGGGGAAAGAAGAAAUUGAAACUCAUGAUCUGACAGCUGAAUCUAAGAAAACAUAUCCCAGAAAACAGGAAUCUAAAGACUCCUUUAAACAGUUUGCAAAAUUGAUGUCUGGUGUGGAGUCUGGAAUUCUGAAUACUUCUCCAAUAUCUCCAAUAUCUAACCAAACAAGAAGUUAUGAGAAAUUUGAAAAGGCAGAGAAAGAAAUCGAAGCCCAAGUAAUAUAUGAACCCACAUUUAAUGGAUCCUCAGCUCCAGUUACAAAGUUAACUUCUUCUAUUGCUGCUGGAGUUGCCAGUUCACUGUCUGGAAAAAUAGUUGAUUCCAUUGGAAAUAAUCUGACAAAUACACCGUUGACAUCUAUUCAAAUCCAUUUUAUUCAGAACAUGAUACAGGAUACAUUGGAUGACUUUAGAGAAGCUUGCCAUCGGGAUAUUGUGAAUUUGCAAGUGGAGAUGAUUAAACAGUUUCAUAUGCAGUUGAAUGAAAUGCACUCCUUAAUGGAAAGAUACUCGGUUAACGAAGGUUUGGUGGCUGAAAUUGAAAGACUACGAGAAGAAAACAAAAGACUGCGGGCCCAACUUUUGAAAUUUCAGUGAGAACAUUAUGACUUGUAAUAAAUUUCAUUUUAUAAAUACCAAACAGGUUUAGAAGUCAUAAGUGUGUUUUGCCUGGAUUCUGUAUUUAAAUUCAUUAAUAUUUUCCUAUUACAUUUUCCUAUAAAUAUACAUGAUCUGCAUUAAAUAUGUGGUAUAAAUAAAAUAAUUUUUAUAACUUUA